AAGGGUGUCUUUUCUUCCAAAAGCAAGUGUUUUGUACGCCGCAAUCUCGGAUGUGUAUUUUGAGUGGCGCUCCAAUCCCAACUUAACGUUACACAUAUAAUACAGUGACCAUAAAAAUAGAUUCGAGUUCCUCAAUGGAUGAAUGGGUCUUACGCCUUUUGUACAUGUGUACAGAGGUGUAUGGAGAAAGUUCCCGCUGAGAGUGCGGAGCAAGAGUCGCCAAAGUAAGCAAUAACCCCCGGUCCCAUUCGAAGGGUUGCGUGGCGUCUUCCAAAACAUUCAAUGCAUAUUGCGCUGCAUAUACGUUGAUCGCAUAUUCUUUAACAUACGUGGUUCACAAACAAAUGAGGAUUAUUCUGGUUGUGCGGAACUGUCAGUGUUUCAUCGUAUAUUUUUCAACUGGAAUGUUCAAGAGCGGCUUAUUUGGAAUAGUUUUCAUCGGACUUUAAUGAGGAAAAAAAAAUUGGAGCAAUGGAAUACACAGAUUUAUGAACAGACUUUAACAUCCUUGGAUUUUCUGUUAUCGAGUCGACAUGGAUUAUUUGACGUAUACCUCCUGAUCAUCUCAGACUCAGUAAAAAGUCCGUUAUUAUGAUGGAUACACUUAGUGGACAUUAAAAAGCUGGGAUUGCUUUCUUUCCACUCUGAUAGUAAUCAGUUCAAUUGGAGAGUGUUUCAUUUAAACGUGGACAAGAUAAACGAACGAUGUAAGUGCACUUUUGUAUUAUUAAUGAAGAUGUAGCCAAUUAUGGACGCAUCGCCAGUUCCGUUGAUAUAUUUGACAUCAAUAUAACAGUAUAAUGUGAGACACACAAAAAGUGACAUUCACGUGAAUUCAUAACUAAUGGAGGCUCCUAUGACUUUAAUUCUUGUGACAAAAAAAUUGAUAUAACUUUUGACACAAUCUUUUAUCAUUGGACUGGGAAAUCACUCGAGGCUGUUCACCAUGCCCCGCAUAACCCAACCAGCGUUCCUGAAGAGCUUGUGGUGGCGUUACCCUGGUACUAUCCUUUACCACGUUGGUCUUCUUAUCUUCAUCGUGGCCGCUUUCUCGAAGUUUGGAGGAUUAUCCUUCAUCACUGGCGCAGGGAAGCACAACGAGAAGAGAGACUUGGAGUUUAAGAAGUACGAAUUAGACGUCGACCCGUCCAUGCCGUUGGACAGGGUAGUCGAUGACGAGCUGGCUGAAUGGAUCGAGCAGCUGCUAGUGCAGAAGUCGACUGGUACAGGAGAAGAACAUGAACCAGUAAUUGAUGAGAAGAGAAGAAGAGUUGAUGCAGGAAAGGAAGGGGAGGAGAUCAACGGGGAUGUCCCCAAGAAUGCCAUGGAGUCUAUUGAGGUGUUAGGAGAAGGUGGCACUCAGUGGGAUCGACCACCGAUCAAGUUGGUCCUCAGGGACCCACACCUUGUCUCGCCGGGGCUCAUCCCGGUCCAAAGGAAAUCAAAGAACAAGAUGCCCCGUCUUAAAGACCAACUACCUGGGCAGCUUCCUACUGUAAAGAAUAUGAGGGAAGAUCUUGUAGGAAAUGAAUCUAAGACAGUUAAACAUUCGGAAGGUCAACCCGAUCUGGAUCACCAUCCGGGUCAGGAGGUCAUCACUUCCGCCUUUACUCCAUUUCCAUCUCAAGGUGAGGCAGUGAGAGUGAAUGUACUCAUAGUUGCCGCAAUGAGAACGGGAUCAUCCUUUCUUGGGGAGCUGUUCCAGCAGCGGAGUGACUUCUUCUACAUGUUUGAGCCAGGGAUGCAGCUGAUGCACCGGCUCGAUUCCUCAAAUCUCACCAGGCGGGUGAUCUACACAAAACUUGUCGAUAUGCUGAAUGGCUUCUACCACUGCAAAUUCAACGAUAUUCCAUUCUUCAUCGACGAAUUGAACCAUCGAACGUUGCACGGUCGUCAGCAAUCCGUCGCCGCCCUUGUCACGUCGCAGUUUUGUCGGAAGGUGCGUAUACCAACUCAGAGAUCAAGCAAGUUGAUGUGUGAUCCUGUCACCGAGAAGGUCUUGGAGACAGCGUGUACCACGAGGGGCCACACCGCUAUCAAAUCUAUCAGGGUACUGGAUAUAAACCUGAUGAUAUCCGCAGUCAAAGACCCUGACCUGAACUUGAAGCUGAUACACUUGAUCCGUGAUCCUAGGAGUAUGAUACUGUCACGAUUGAAACUCAAGUUUCCUGCCAUUAAAGUUUUUAACGUGUCUGAACUCACAGAUACCUAUCGCAACAUCCUCUUGAAGUAUUGCUCCAACUGGCUCCAGAAUUAUGAGAUAGGGCACUAUGUGCCUUUGAUGAGGAAGAACUACUUGUUGGUGCGCUACGAGGAUCUGGCCUUAGAACCUUACGUAUACGCGCAAAAGAUCUACGAUUUUGCGGGUCUUGGUGCAGAAAUUCCUCCAAAAAUGAAAAGAUGGAUCGACAUAAAUACAAAUACAAACGACCUGAGCAAAAAGAGGGCUGCCGCCUUCUCGACUAAGAGGGAUUCGAAAGAAGUCUUGGUCAGUUGGAAAUCGAGACUCACCAUAGAGAUGGCCCAGGCCAUUGAAGAAGUUGGUGACUGCAGCCGACUCAUGAAAGCAACUGGGUAUAAACUCAUUGGGAAUAAUCUCGAGAUGCUUAGGAACACUGACCAUCUUGUUGGCCAAGUUCCUGUACCCGAAUUUCAUGUUAAUGAGUUUGAUUUUAUGUAAUAUAUAUAAUAUUUGAAUGCGUUAUUCAAUCAGCCGUCCAUGAAAUCUUUCCCGAAGCCGUAAGAAACGGAAAUUAUUUGGCAAUACCAUUUAAUGUAAGGAUGCUGUGCGUGUGAUCAUAUUCAACAUAAUUCUGAAUUGUAAAUAUAAAAUUUGAUUUAAUGACGGUUUCUAGAAACGUAAAACUGGUCUCCAAGUUUGUCAUAUUUACAAGAGGUUUACCCUGCAAAUAUAUGUAUUCAAACAGCAGAAAUGAUUGGAACGAAUUUGAUAAUUACUUGAAACUGAGUGUACAACCGUUUUCUUUUUUAUAGUUAUCAUUAAUAAUGGUACCAUGAGGAAGCCGUCGAUUCCAUGACACUCGACGCAUUCAAGAGCAUAGAAAAUGUAUUGCCAAGCGGCCCUUCAUGACAAAGCACUACCAAGAAGUAUUUUAGUCGAAAAUUGGUGAAUCAAAACAGCAGUGUCGUCCUGGACUCUGGACGAGCAUGACAAACGCAUGCAGAAACUUAAAACAAAACUGAUGUGCCGGAUCACCGAUUUUCGACCAAGGCCUCCCAGCUGAACUUUGUCAUUUGACGGGCAAUAUAUUUUCUGUGUUCUUGAAUCAGUCCCCGUUGCAGUUGCCAAAACUUCCUUGUGAUGGUAACUUUGUCACAAAUGAACAGUCAACAUGGUCAAUCAAAACUGUGCUCUAGUCACACCAAAGUAACCGAUUUCGCACAGAACGAUAGCAUGCAAUUCGACAUAAUAGCUUUUGGUCGUCAGUGUGGAGUCGGUUUCACUGGUGUGACUGUUACAUUUUGAACUAUAAUGUAUGUUGUAAUCAACUGCAAGUUUACCAUCGAUGGUAACUUGUUGUAACAGGUCCUGUAACAAUGGCCAUUGUGACGUAAUACUCGGGUGAUUCUUUUUUUGUUGUUGUUUAAACCUUGAUAUACAUGUAGUUAGUUGUAAAAUAUUUAUAUACCACUAGUCUUGAUAACUUAUACACUUAGGUAUUUUAACCAACAUACAUGUAUGCAUGAAGUUUCUUUAAAAGUGUUGUUUAACAAAUACCAUUCACUCUGAAUACUCUAUCGUUCCGAUCAACCAUCGGUAUAGCUUCAUAAUUUUGUAAGGGAGUGUAUAGGCCAUGCAUGGUAAAGUGAGUACAGUAUUUCAUGCAUUUAUCAACAUGAUCAACGUGCGUGAAUUUAUUUCAUAAUAUGACUAUAUUGCUAUAUGUAUAACAGGUAUUUAUCAUUAUUUUUUAAGAAAGGAUCAGGUAGCAGCAAAACGGCAAUCAAAGUGGGGAUCAAUAUUUUUGCUGUGCCAUCUGUCAAAAUUUUACUCAACGAACAUAGGUCAAGGUCAAGAGAUGAAUUACUUUUAUUCUAUAAAUAGUAUUUUGAUAUUCUGACGUUACACAGUAAAAACACCUUUUAAAAUAUUCAAACAGCGCUGUUAAUUAUUAUAUGAACCGUACAGUAGUUGUUUAAACAAUUACAUAGGUGUUUUAAACAUUUAACAACAAAUUUAAUUCCUUUUAUGCUAAAAUAUCAAUAAAUGUAGCAUUGUUAUGUAAACUGUAAAACAAUAAUGUAUGGUUCAUAUACACUGUAAAAAAAUUUGGGUAAAAUGUUUACCACCAAGAGGGUAAUUAUGUGUCCAACCAAUUUGGGGCAGUAUUUUACCCAAAUCUGGGAAGCAUAUUGUCCAGUAAGGUUCUAAAAAAGAGCAGCAAUUACUUUAGAAUGAGCAAAAUUUUCAUCACACUGGAUAAAUGAAAAUGCCCAAAAGAAAUGCCCAAUGUUGGUUGGACACAUAAUUACCCUCAUGGAGCACUUUCACCCAAUAUUUUUUUAGAGUGUAGUAAAUAGCGUUUCAUAAAAUUUUGAACAGCAUUUUUACUGUAUAAGUUGGCCUCAUUACGAAUUUUGGACGUGUUCUUCCGAUAUUUCUUGUCCCAAUAAAACGCUAUGACAAGAUUCGUCUCAAGAGUAAAAUGUAGUGAUAGAAUAGAACUAAUUAAUGUCAUAACUUGUUUCUUGAUUAUCGUUUAUAUCAUCAUCAAAACGUUUGUUUCAUUACUUUUUUUGUACCUUAAUAUCUUUUAUUAUUGGGAUUAUGAUCAUCGCUUUAUCGCCAUCUUUGUAAUCAUGGGAUUUAUUUGUCUUUCGUAUGUGUGUACACAGCAAAAACUGUGGUGUUAACCGGUGUACAUAGAGGACCACACCAGUUGUUUUACACCGUUGUUAAAUUGGUGCUGUUAGUUUUACACCCAUAGGUGUUAUUACAACACCUUUGGUUGUUAUAUUUACACUCUUUGGUGUUAUGUUCAAUCUCUAGGGUGUAGUUUUAACACCUCAGGGUGUGGUCCUCUAUUAACACCAACUGGUGUCAGUUUUAACACCACAGUUUUUACAGUGUAGGAAGUUCUGUACACUGUUAAAAGACAAAAUAUUUUACAGAAAUAACAGGAUCAUUCUGUAUUAUAAAUAGUAUCAUUUUUUCUGUAAUUUAAAAGGGGGAAUAUCACAGAAAAAUAUUGUAAGGUUUCAUACCUCAUACACUGCAAAAACUCCGGUGUUGAUUUAACACCAGCCCGGAAUCAAUAUAUGUCCACACCAGAGAAGUAUUGAAACACCAGUUUGGAAUCAAACCGAUACUGCUUUAAUACUAAUUGGUGUUGUAUAAACACCGUUCUGGUGUUAGACCAAAACGAAACUGGUGUUGUUUAACACUUCUCUGAUGUGGACAUAUAUAGAUUCCGGGCCUGUGUUAAAUCAACACCGGAGUUUUUGCAGUGUAUAUAAAUUUUAUGUAAAUAAACACAAUGUAAAAUAACAGGUGUUCAUGGGAUUCUGUUGCAGGAACUUUUCUGUCCUGUAAGAAUAAAUUAAUUGUCUAAAAAUGUAAGAAACUGUUGAAUGUUCACUGCAAAAAAGCCGGUGUUAAUUGAACAUCAGCAUGGUAUCUAUAUCGAUCCACACCAGAGAGGUAUAUAUUGAAACUACACCGAUUUGACGUUAGGCUAACACCAAUUUGGCAUUUAAGCAACAUCAAUUAGUGUUAAACCAAUAUCGGGUUGAUUCUUGACUGGUGUUGUACUUGUUUUAACGCUUCUCUUGUAUGGACCGAUAUAGAUACCGGGCAGGUGUUUAAUCAACACCGGUGUUUUUGCAGUGUAUAGUGACAUGUUUUUGUUUUAAUUUCUAGGCCUAUACAUCUGCAUAUUAUGUGUUAGGUAAAGCCGGUUUUCACCAUCCCAACACAUAAUCAUUGUCGUUGACAGCGACAUCGUAAUCAUUGUUUUGAAAGCAUCGUCACUAUCACCACACUCCCGUCACCAUCAUAAUAUCCUUUGUCAGGGUCAUUAUCGUCAUCAUCGACAACACCAUCACCAUCAUCUCAUUUCCAUCAUCAUUACCAUCAUCGUUACCAUCAUCAUCAUCAUCAUCAUCAUCAUCAUCAACAACAUCAUCAUUAUCGUCAUCAUCGCUAUCAUAUCAUUAUCAUCUUAUAUUUACCACCACCACCAUCAUCAUCAUCAUAAUGAUCAUCAACACCAACACCAUCGUCAUCAUCAUCAUCAUCCUCCUCAAAUUUAUCAGUUUCGAAUGGAAUGAUGUCAUAAGACUGAUGGUAUCGUAUGGUAAAAAAAAAUCUGUAAGCAUUGUCUUUUUGUAGAUUGAGUAUGUAUCUGCAGGCAGUUGUUAAAGUCUAUUUAAACGUGUGUGUGUAUAAAAUAAAUGAAAGUGCAAUUUCCAAUGUAAA